ACAAAAAAUUAUAAAAUGUUUUAUUUACAAAAAAUGACCCGUCUCCUGUAUUUACAGUGAAUUAGUUUAUUAGUUUUGUGUUUAUUGAUUUGAAAAUAUGUUUGGAAGAAAAGCUAUAAAAAGUUCUUCAGAUCGAUUCAUUCCAACCAGAGCUCACAUGAAUUUGGAGAUUUCCAACUACAAGUUAAAAAAUUCUGAUCCAGGAACAGAAAGUUCGGAAACGUGGCCGGAAGACAACACGUACUUUAAUUUGAAAAAACAUAACUACAACAUCACCAAAUAUAGACAACAUCUAUGUUUGGCCCUUACGUUAAACCAAGAAAAAAUUCUAAAUUUCUCUUCGCCACACUGCAAAAAAAUGGGGAAAGUCUGUCAAAAUGACAAAUUAUGGCCAGUGUAUCCCAGGAAAAAGCCCUUAAUGGAACAACCUCAGCUGGUUUUGGACAUGCCAGAAUUGGACGUAUAUUUAAGUUCCCAUGUAGUAGAUUGGAGCAGCACAGGUUACGUGGCCACCAUUUAUAAUAAGGAAGUUCAUUUGUGGCAUCCAGAAAAAAUGUUGAGGAGGCAAAAAACUGUAACAAACAAACAAGUGAAAAAAAGCGUGAGAUGGAAUAAAAAUGGAAGAUAUUUUGCUGUGGCCAUUGGAAAAUCAAAAUGUUUGAUUGUUGAUGCACAAGACCUCAAAAACACGUUCGAAAUUUUGUGCCUUUGCUCCUUUGAAUACAAAACCUGCGAACUGAGGCAUAUAGAUAUUUCCCACAACGAUACAAUAGUGUUUGGAUGUUCUUUAGGAAGGAUAUCUUUGUAUCGUUCAUUUUCCAAUGAUUUUCAUUUUAAUUCGCAAAGCAGGGUUGCCGCCUUCGUAUCGGAAAAUCUUGGAAAUAGCGUGGUCAGUGUGGAGUUGUCAUGUAACGAUAAGUUUUUGGCAGUCAGUCUAAUGGAUGGGCACAUCGUUGUAAUGACGUUCCCCCAGUUGCAGACAGUAGCGUAUUACUCCAACGAUAGGCCAAUUAAGAGCUUGUGUUGGCAUCCAUGGAAAGAAAACUUACUAGUGGUCUGUUCAAAAAAGUCUCUAAUUUUGUUCAACAUAAACACCAUGAGCAAAGUCGCUGAAAAACCUUUUCAACACCCAAAUACAAUAGUUGACAGCAUGGCGUUUAAUCCAAUUUCCGGAGAGUUAGUAGUAUCCUAUUUCAUUUAUCAACAAGAUCAUAGUAAAUGCACCUUAAGAGUUUUGAAAAAUUUCGAUAAAGUCGUGGACGAAAUUAUGGUUGGAGUGGAAAGGGUGCCUUAUUUAUUAUGGGACAGUACUGGAACCCAGCUUGCUAGCGGCAGUGCGGAAGAGAAUCUCUGCAUUUGGAACUUCUUUGGCACCAAAGACGAACGUACCAAUAUUUUAAAAAUAGGAAAAGCUUCCAAAAAAAAUUUAACUAUAAAUCCCAAGAAGACUGUUUUUAUGUUAUCCAAACCCAUUAGAUAAACCACAAAACAUUUAAUCAGUCAAUUUUUGUACAUGUUUGUAUAUUGUAAAUAAUUUUAUCACCCAUCUGUAAGUAUUUAGAAAUUUUAGUGUUUUAGCACCUAUUUUGUUAUUUCUUUGUUUGAAAUAUAUUUACUAAACUAAUUUAACAAAAA